UUCACCGCCCAUAUGGCAAGCAAGGUCAUUUCACGCACACCUCUGCCGGUCUGAUCAACCAUAUGCUAAACCAGCCGGCAGGCGACUACGAAGAAGAGGUCACAGUCCAUAUGACAAGUGAUGGUCUCCCCUUUGCACUUCCAGUACGUCCGCCGUCCAUAUGA